AUGCUUGUAUCAAACGCUCUCUUCUUCCUCGGCCUUGCCCUGCCAGGUGCAUUGGGGGCUCCAUCAACGAGCUCUUUCAACUGGAAAAUUUCUAAAGGCAAUGGAGUCAACCUUGGUGGCUGGCUGAUACAAGAAGCUGUCAUCGACCCUACCUGGUGGAGCCAACAUUCUGGAGGUGCCUUGGACGAAUGGGGCUUGUGUGCUCAUCUCGGCACUCAGUGCGGCCCUGUCCUCGAACAGCGGUACGCGACAUACAUUACCCCUUCGACUAUUGACAAGCUCGCUGCGGCCGGCGUCAACGUUCUACGUAUACCGACGACCUACGCAGCAUGGGUGAAGGUCCCGGGCACCCAACUUUACACCGGGAAUCAAAAGCAAUUUCUCAAGAACAUUGCCACAUAUGCCAUCAAUAAGUACAACAUGCAUAUCAUAGUUGAUGUGCACUCUUUGCCUGGUGGUGUGAAUGGAAUGGGGUUUGGCGAGGCCGAGGGUCAUUUCGGCUGGUUCAACAACCAGACUGCUUUGACAUAUUCCUACAAGGCAAUUGACGCUGUUAUUGCCUUUGUCCAAAGCUCCGGUUUCCCACAAUCCUUCACCAUUGAACCAAUCAACGAGCCUGUGGACAACCCGAAUAUGAUGUAUUUCGGAACCCCGGCAGCCCUAUCGGAUGCAGGAGCCGCAUGGACUUUGGAAUACAUCAAGGGCGUUAUUCAACGGGUUGUUGCAACCAAUCCAAAUAUUCCUGUGAUGUUUCAAGGCAGCUUUAGAGGAGAAGCAUACUGGUCACCACAGUUCCCGGCGAAUACAAACCUCGUCUUUGAUGUGCACAACUAUUAUUUUGCCGGUCGCCCAACAGAUUCCGAUACUGUUUCUGCCAAUAUCUGCUCCGACGCAAAGGCCUCUGCUGGCGAUGGCAAGUUCCCUGUCUGGAUCGGCGAGUGGUCUAUCCAGACGGCUAGCAACAACAAACUCGCAAACCGGAGAAAGAACCUCAAUACUGGUCUGUACGCCUUCAAUAAAUAUACUCAAGGUAGUGCAUACUGGACUGCGAGAUUUUAUGGAAACGUUCCAGUUGAGGGCGAGGGGGUACAAGGCGAUUACUGGAACUAUGAGUCCUUCAUUGAUCUUAGGUAUAUCAACGCAAGCGAGGGGACUCCAUAUUGCAUAUAAGUCUGUCAGUCACCGCUCGCCGUAUGCGUCAUGUUACUCGAAAAGCUAUGCUAGCAGAUUCUCGCUUUAUUCGCCAGAAUUACGUAGGCAGAUUUCGAAGAAGAGCUACUGAGCUGUGCAUAUGAAAAGCUGGGAAGCCAUAAGUUUGUGCUGGAAAAAGAGGAG